UUACCAAACUGCGCUCGUCCAACAGCACAGUUGCUACUCACCGAGUCCGGCACUACUUUAGCCGCCUAUUGCUGCUCGGGAGUUGCGGUCGCUCCAGCCUCGACUUGGCCGUCGCGCAACGGGUCUGAUUCUGAAACGCCGUGACAUUUGCUAUUAAACGGGCACUAGGUACAUACGCCAUGGCGGGGUCACUGGCAGCAGUCAAGAAGGAGUUGCGAAAAAAGAUACGGACUAUUCUCAGCCAGCUGCCUGAUGCGGCCGCUGCUUCGCAAACGGCCAAUGCCACUGCUACUCUACUAGCCAUGCCCGAGUACCAGGCGGCCCGUAGAAUCAGUGUCUAUCUAUCCAUGCCGGGAGGAGAAAUCUCCACAACCGAUAUUGUGCGAAAUGCCCUGGGAGACGGCAAGAAGGUCUUCAUUCCAUACACGUACACUCUGGACACGCCCGACCAAGGCCAACCAAAGUCCAUCAUGGACAUGCUCGAGCUGCACUCGAUGACUGACUUUGACUCGCUCAAACCCGACAAAUGGGGCAUUCCAACUCCAAGCACAGAGUCCAUUUCAUCACGUGCCAAUUGCUUUGGUGGUACUGGUGUCACAAACGGCAUGACGGACGGCAUCAAAGACGGCCUUGAUCUGAUCGUCAUGCCCGGCAUGGCCUUUGACGCACAGUUCGGCCGCCUUGGCCACGGUAAGGGCUUCUACGACUUCUUCUUGACACGUUGUCACCACGUAUCGCGCAUGCCUUUUCGCGUUGGUUUUGCCUUGACCGAGCAGCUACUUCCGCCAAAUGAGUCGGUUCCCAUGGACUCUUCCGAUUUCCGCCUCGACGCCUUGAUCACCGGCGCUGGCGAGCUCCGUCGCGCAGGGGCUUGA